GUGAAAAGUUCGGCCAUGGAACUGCGUCGGAAAAUAGCUCUGCGCAUUCUGCCCCUGUUUUUGGUCAUCUUUCUAUGCACAAUGGGCGAGGCAUAUCUGAAGAGUGUCCGCGUGGAUGAGAUUCCCUUUGCCGGCAGAAAGAUCAUAGCCAAUCGCCGGUCCAGUGGCAUUCAUCUCAUCUCGAGUCUGGAGCAUCAGCGCACCUUUCUUCACCUCUUUCAUGUGCCCUACAUCAUUUGCUUUUACGCUGCGAAGGGAAAAUGGCCGUAUGUGCCGGGGUUCAUGAAAUACCGAGUUGACAAUGCGGCGCGCAGUUUCUUCAAUCAGAACGACAGUUUCAUCAAACAGUUUUGCACCAAGUGGAUUCAGGUCAAGGAGUGCUUUCGUCCUCUAUUCGACAAAUCGAAUACCACAGAUUCGGAAGUGGAAACGCUGGAUGCUAAAAUUCAGGGGCAGCGCUGCAACUGCGACAAGUUGCUCCUCUCAACGGAGGCACCUGUACCGGUCGUCUACUUCGACAAGAAUUACAUUGGAAACGUUAGCUCGGAAACCAUUAUGAAUACCAUUGAAUUUCUGGAGAGCUUCCUGCCGCCGCCUACUAAAAAACACAAGCGCAAGAAUCGUGUUCGUGGACGCUUAGACGAUAUGGACAUUGAAUAGAUAUCAAUUCAGCAGAUAUCACCAGCACUCAAAUUUAAAUUUUAAUCAUCAUAAUCAUAACCAUCGUUUAAAUUUGAAUUCAAAUUCGGUAUGCAGCCGUUUUUUAGAGAUGCGUUGUUUACUACUCGAUAAUUCAUAUAAUAUUAUGGCAAAACACCAAUUCUUUAAUUAAACAGAACUCAAACUUAA